ACCUCACUUGCUAGGGCCAGAUGGACAAACGAAGACGACGUGUGGAGCGUCGCGAACGAAUGCAUGAACGAUGCACACAUGAACGAGCGUACUCAGAGUCGAAUUAAAAAGGAUUAGUGUAGGAGUUUGACUUUUUGACGCUUUUGGUUACUUAUUGUCAGUUACAACAGCAUCUUCUCUGUUUGAUGCGCGACGAUAAUGGGAGGUGACGCAGCUGUCCUAAACGCCACACGGAAUGUUAUGGCCAACAACUCCACAAAAUUAAUAGAUGAGUCCACUUUUGCCGGACCGGUGAAGGUUAUUCUGGCGGUGAUGAUGGUCACGUUGGUAGUUGUGACGAUCUCGGGCAACGCGCUGGUCAUAUUUGCCUUCAAAGUUGACAAAAGUUUAAGGAGGCAAAGUAACUAUUUUUUCUUGAAUUUGGCGAUAUCCGAUUUUCUUCUUGGUGUUUUCUGCAUUCCUGUGUACAUCCCAUACAUCCUCUCUGGUCGAUGGAUGUUGGGUAGGGGACUGUGUAAGCUGUGGCUGGUAAUGGACUACUUGCUGUGCACUGCGUCAGUCUUCAACAUCGUCCUCAUCAGCUAUGAUCGUUUCCAGUCUGUUACCCAAGCGGUGUCUUAUCGUGCGAAACAAGGGAUGAGCAGGCCAGCUCUUGGGAAGAUGAUUGCAGUGUGGGUGCUGGCGUUCCUUCUCUAUGGACCGGCCAUCCUCUUCUGGGACCUGGUGUCUGGUCAGAGCUGUGUGCCCAAGGAGGAUUGCUUUGCAGAGUUCUACUACACUUGGUACUUCCUGCUGAGCGCUUCCGUACUGGAGUUCUUCUGCCCGUUGAUCUCAGUGGCCUUCUUCAACCUCAGCAUCUACUUGAACAUCCGCCGGAGGAGACUGGGCAGUGCCAAGCCCCGGGCCACGGCCAAGGCGGAGGUCUCCUCCCCGGCCGAGAGCGUCCGGCUCUCCUCUCUCCUCUACCGCCACUCCCCGCUUUUCACGUGCAAGAAGACGGCGGCAGCCGCGGUGGCCCAUGAGGAGGAGGACAGGGGCUCGCUGGGAUCGCGGGCGUCGUCCCCGCCGGAGAGCCGCGUGGGGAGCUGCGGAGGGCCUUGGCGCGGCUCGCGGCUCAGCCGUGACAGGAAAGUGGCCAAGUCGCUGGCGGUGAUUGUGUGUGUGUUCGCCGUGUGCUGGGCGCCCUACACGCUGCUGAUGAUCAUACGGGCGGCCUGUCAGGGCCACUGCAUUCCUGACCACUGGUAUGAGGUCUCCUUCUGGCUCCUCUGGAUCAACUCGGCCAUCAAUCCCUUCCUGUACCCGGUGUGCCACAGUAGUUUCCGCCACGCCUUUGCCAAGAUCCUGUGCCCGGGACGGAGGAAGUCCAGCAGACAUCUCGGCAAACCUCCUUAGUCCCUCAGAUCACUCUCUUUUUAUUAAAAGCGGAAUGCAACGUAAACAAUAUUUGUUGCAUAUUAAGCUGUCAUGUUCUUUGGCAUCACAAACUACUCACUGUGCGGGAUACUGUGCAGGAAGCUUCUGCAGGAACAAGGAGAGUAGUUACAUUGAUUACUUCAGAAAAAGUUGA